GCGCGAAGGCGGAAGUUUUGGAAUGCGUGCAGCGUGUGUGCGGCUUGGCUGCUAUUAUGACGGCCCAUGUGGAGCUUCAGCAGCAGCUGCAGGAGACAUUACUUCCGUUUGGGUUUGAGGUCUACCCUUUCCAGAUUGGCUGGUACAAUGCAGUGUUGGAGCCAGCAUUCCAUCUCUCUUACCCAAAAGAUACCCUGGCAUUCGUUGUCCUCAGCAUCCCCUCCAUGUUUGAGAAAGCCUUUAAACCCUUCCUUAGACAUCACAAGCUGCAGGAUCUCAUGGAUCCCAUUGAUCAGUGUGUAGCAUAUCACAUGUCUCUAGUAAAAGAGAAGUUCCCUUCUGAUAAAUUAGAUGUUAUCUAUGAUUACCAACUCCAUCCUAAUCGCCGUCCUAAAGUUCUCAUGCAGACAGCGGCACAUGUGUCUGGAGCUGCCUACUACUAUCAGCGGAAGGAUAUACCCCUGGAUCCUUGGGGCAGUAAGAAAAUGUUUGGUGUUUGUAUUCACCCGCAAUUUGGAGGGUGGUUUGCAAUUCGGGCUGUGCUGGUGUUUGCUGAGAUACAGGCUCCUGACUUAGAGCAAACCCUUCCCUUAGACUGCCUGCCAUCACAGAACGACAGGAUUCAGCUACUUGAACACUUCAACUUUAACUGGAGAGAUGGCAAGUAUCGUGAUGUGCUGCCACCCAAAGAAAAAUACUCUGAAGAACAAACUCUUUACUUUGCAACACCCCCUGCGGAGAGGAGGAAACUGUUGGAGCUCCAGGGGGAACUUCAUCCCAGCCCUCUAUGUUAACAGCUAAAUGGUCAUAGUCAGACUGUCCCCUUUCAUCCUCCACUGUCAACAGCACUUCCAAUGGGAUAAGACAAGCCAUCUAUCACAAGAGAUUCAUUUGGGUACUGAAAGUCUGCAGAGGAUAGCACAAUACAAAUUUGUAUAAGCUGUUCUAGUAGAUUUCGGCAUGUAGCCUACACGUGACAGAAUAACUACUUAGCCUUGGGUAGGCAUUAACUGACCUCUUACACUACAAUCUGCGUUGUGAUGCACAGUUACCUGAUAUCAAAUUAAACACUUUUUUUUAUUAUA